AGAAAAGAUAGAAAGUUUUUUGGAAUUGGCUAAGAUUUUCUCUGAGGAAAAUAACCAAACAAAUUGUAGAGAAUUACUUAUCAAAGAAGGCUCUGCAAAAUUUGUAAAUUCAGUAUGUUUUAGCAAGCUAUUUUUCAAAGGAUCUGAUAAACUUCCCCUUGAACAUGCAUUCACAAUGCAAGGAACUAUUCCAUAUUUGGGCACAUUUUUAACUGAUUUGACAAUGAUUGAUGCUGCAAUAAGUGAUUACCUUCCUAAUGGACUUAUAAAUUUUGAUAAAAAGAGGAAAGAAUUUGAAAUUUUAGCUCAAAUAAAACUUCUUCAAAGUGCUGCUAAUAAUUAUGAUAUUGUUGUUGAUCCAGAGUUUCAAGCUAAAUUCAAGGCAAUUCCUAUAUUUGAUGAAAAAGAAAGCCAUGAAUUAUCUUGUUUGAUAGAACCGUCAGAUAGCUCCAUAAGUAACAAAAAGCAUGUCUUUGAGAAUGUUAAAAGCUCAAUGUUUAAAUGGACACAUCAUAAAAGUGGUUCUUCACCUGCCAGUACAUCCAGUGGUAUUUUAUGUGAUAAAAGCUCUGCUGAUGCAAAUGUGAUAAAAGAAAAUUAUAUGAAAGUUUCUAAAUCUUGUUCAAAUUUAUCAGUAUCCCAUCAUCACUCUCAUUCCCUAUCAAAUGGAAGCAGUUCACCUUUUCAAGAAUUUUACAUAAUCAAAAUAUCAUUGGAACAGAAAAACUGUGAUAAUGACGGAGUAAAUAUGUACAAAAGUAUAAUGCUCAAUAAUAGUGACCGAACUCGCACUGUGAUAACAAAUGCUAUGCUAAAACAUGGGAUUGAGGGCAAUCCAGAUGAUUAUAUUCUUGUUCAGCUAGUUCCCGGUGGUGAAAUUGUUUUUCCUCAUUCUGCAAAUGUUUUUUAUGCUGUAAAUAGAAGCCAUGAACUGAAAUUUAUUUUAAGGGCUCGAUGUAAAUCUAAAGAUAUUAGAGGGAAAAAAAGAAUACCACUUUGAGUAGCAUUUAUACUAAGGAAUUGUUUUUUAAAAUAUUCCACUUUUACAUUUCAAUUUUAUUAUUUCAUUCUCAUUUUUUUUUAUAUAAAUGCUCAUAAAAAUUGCUCAUUUUGUGUAUUUUGUAAAUAAAUGUUUGUAUAAA